CGUUUCCCGGAGGCGGCCGGUUUGUUCGUUACUGAACGAGGACAUGUUUUCUUGUCGAGGUUGUCGUCACGAAACAUGCGGCGCUCACGCCGAAGAAACGCCAUCGUCAUUGCAGCGAGCGGCGCAGACGUUCUCCAUCGCGCGCAUGCAACGUGUGCGUUCUUUGUUCUGGAACCCGCGGAUGUUGCGCGCACAGUCCUGGCAUUUGUCGUCCACGUCACCCGUUCCCGCCCUCCCAGCCACUUGCGACACGUGGCACGACAUGAGGACAAUGAUGACGACAGUGAUGAACACGAUGAUAGUGACGAUUACGGUGCUGAUGUUGAUCUGGGCGACGAUGUCGCUGGCGAUAAUGACGAUGUUGAUGACGAUGAUGAUGUCGAUGAUGAUGUUCGUGAUGAUGAUGAUUGUGAUGACGACGAUGAUGAUGAUGACAAUGAUGAUGACGAUGAUGACGAUGUUGAUGAUGCCGAUGACAACGAAGAGGACGAUGGCGGUGAUUUCGAUGACGGCGACGAUGUCGCUGAUGAUGAUGAUGUUAUUCAUGACGUUGAUGAUAUUGAUGAUGAUGUCGAUGAUGAUGACGAUAUUGAUGACGUUGAUGAGGUUGAUGAUAAUGUUGUUGAUGAUGAUGAUGAUGAUGUUGAUGAAGAAGAUGAUGAUCACGACGACAAUGAUGGUGAUGAUGAUGAUGAUGAUGAAGAUGAUGACGCUGAUGGUGGUGGCGACGAUGAUGGCAAUAUGUCUUUGUCCAGGGGCGAAGGGGAGCCUACAGCGACCUCCGGGAUGGGAUCUGGGAAAGAUUUUACAAAACGGUCGUCCACGACCUCGAGGACGUUGUCCGACCACGCUAGGUCGAAAUGGUUCGUCGACUGGUGCUGUGCUGAUGCUACGAACCCAGUCCAACAGCCGUGUGGUCCUGUGAUCUUCGUCGAAGCCAACAAGCGCCGCAGGGUUCUGGGGUCUGUCUUGCGGUGGGAGAAUGUGAAAGGCAGUCGUCGACGGUUUUACAUGAAACAUGUGUACGAUUCGAAGGGGAACGUCGUCGCCGGUGCCAAGGGGGCAGUUCUCGACAUGUGUCAGUCGAGGGGUUCGGAGCGGGUGCUGCGAACACCCCGUUCUACAACGACCUCCGACGGCAGGGCGGGUUUGUUUUGGGUCGAGAGUUCUUCGACCUGUUGGAGGACAAGGGCAUCGCGCUCGACGUCCCUUGCGAAGUCGGUCCCGACCUGGAACUGUCAAUGCCUUUGCAGCCGUGCGGCGGUUGUGAGUCGAGCGGGGCAGCGGGGAAGGGGGGUGAUCUGGGUUCCGGGGAGGCUACACAUGUGCAGCGGGAGGAUGCCAGAGGUCAGUUUGACGAAAGCGAAGAUGAGGCGAAACCUCAUCCGCCGUUUUCGCCGUCGAGGGAAAGAGAGGUCCGUGCUGUCCAUACCUGGGGUCCGGCAACAGACCGCUGCGGAUCCCGUAGAAGAGGGAGUCCUGUGUGGGUCUAACUUGGAGCCCGCCGAGGGCCAUGGCGCGGAAGGCGAGGCCGUGGGCGGGGAGGGAGUGCAGGGCACUCCCCAAAAAAGGAGGGGAGAAUGUCAAGAAGAGUUGGUGUGCUCUUCGAAGAAACAGAAGACCAAGACCCUGAGGACUGCGGGAGAGAAACGGAAGGGGAGGGGGGUGGAAGAGGGCCACCUGGGUAGCAAACGUCCAGCUUCGAAACAUAAACAGCCUGAGUCGGGACCUUCUUCACCACGGCCUGCCAUCGACGUGGACGCCGGGUACUUCCUGGAGUACAAAGACGGCGUCAGGACAAGGCGGGGGUUUGAGAUCAGCCCGGCUCAGAUCGUUGACAUAAGGGAGUGGGAGGAUCUUUACAACCAUCGGUCGCUAGAUCCCAUCCUCGUGGAAACGAUAAGGGAAGCAAUGCGGAGGGACACUGACGCCGAGUACAUCCGCCGGAAGGACCACAUGCUGGCACUGCUCGACAACUACCACUUCGCCUCCCGCAUGAACGCGAAGACGUUUAUCGAAAGGUUGCAGUCACUGUACUUCGUGGAGUCUGAGGAGCAGUUGAAGUUACCCAGUUACGCUUCCCUGAUCUCCACUGACGACGAGGAAGCCAUAGGUGUGGAGUUUGUCGCCAACGCGAAGGAGGAGGAGAGCGACAUGGAGAGCAUCGACCUGCAGUACGACCCGCCUCCGGUGGACCACGGCCGAGGGUCCUCGUCGGCCGGUCCGUCACCAAGCGCUGCAGCUCUCGUGUCACCAUUGGCCAAACCGGCGCCGAGCACCACGCCAAUGAAGUUGCUGGAGAGACUUAGAGCUCUGGCCGCCCCCCCGCCCGCUUUGCGUCCCGGGUCCGUUGUCAGCCCGAUCGACAAGUGCCGGUUGGAAUUGACGGAGGACUACUACGAGCUCGACACGAGUCCGUCGAAGGGCGUGGUGGACUGGAAAGUGCCCCCUCCUAGUGGGCCGGACGGUGGUUCCAUAGCGGGGUCACCUGGAAGCGGAGGGGAUGGGGGUGGCGACGCAGGGGGUGGCAAAGGAAUCUCGCCUAUGGGUGAGAGAGGGUCUCACGGCCGCAACACGACACCGGAAGGCAGCGCCGGGAUGGCGGGUUUCGUCGUCGACCGGACUCCGUCGACAGGCACCCGGCCCGAGCACACGAUACACUCCGCCGACCCCCAGACUUCGUCCGUGGGCUCAGCGAGGGACACGUUGGCAGCCUUGAUUGCUCUGGGCAUUCGCUCGGCCGGAAAGCCAAAGUCCGCCGGGAUCCGAACUACGUCGGGUGAGGAGCCGCCAGAGCGGUCCGGAAUGCGAAGCUGCUCGGGGUUGUGGGAUCCAAGCACGGAUCGAGAAAUUCGCAGCAUUGCGGCGCGGGACGGAGACGUCGGAACGGUGUUGCCUGUGCGGGAGCGACGGCCGCAAGGAUUGCAGCAGGAGGCUGCAACUGCAGGAUCCGGCGACACGGAGACCAAGAAGUCCGCCGAGAUCCGAACUUCGUCGGGCGGGGGGUGUCGGCCAGGGAUUGUCGUGCCGUUGAGAGAGGCAGCGUGCACGAGGACGGAAGGGCGGUCCUCACGAUUCGGCACGGGUACCGCGGAAGGGGACGAGUUUCGUGGGAGGGAAGUAGGGGAGGAAACGGAUGAACAGAAGGAAGCGCAAGAAGGGGAGGAAGAAGGGGAAGAAGGGGUGGAAGGGGAGGAAGCGGGAGAAACGGAGCUAAUUGAUUUGUUUGAAGGAAGGGAGGGUGCCGGGUUUGGAGAGGACGAAGUGGAACACAGUGAGGACGAUGCCGGAUCUGGAGAGUCGUCUGACGAGUUCGGACAACUAUACGGAGAGCAUCACGAGGAUGAUGUCGAUGACGAUGCCACGGCAAUAGAGAUGGAGACACAAGUGGUCAGCAACCUUUCCGCAGAGCCAGAAGAUUAUGCGGUCCGGCCACUGACGUCUGCUGUCGACUUGCGGCACUGGUUCGACGAGGCUUCCGUCGCUAUUAGCCCGUCUGAAAAAAGUCGACGUAUAAGCAUCGAUGAAGUUAUCGACGGUAUCCUCGGCGACCACAACGUGUCUGCCCGUCCGUCCGCAACUGCCAACGUCGCAUCUUCCAUGGCAGCUGCCGUCGCUUCGUCGCUGAUGAAGUCUCUGGUGCUGCAGGCCACCCUCGUCGCCAAAGGGGAAGGCAAGUGCGGUGGAGGACAGCAUUUGACGUCCCCAAAAAAAUCGAGGUUCGGCGUUCGGGCUCUCGACGUGCUCGCUUUGCCUGCGCCAAAUUCACCAUCGAAGGAGCGGAGAGAGAAACAGACUGGUUAGCCUUGAAGAACGCCUGCGCAUCCGGAUGUCG